AUGAAUGAAGCAAUGGUGCCAUUUAUCUGUCUCAUAGCGAUAACAUUGACUUUCUUGUCUUGUUCGGUGAGAACACAGAACCAUCGUAUCCGAAAGUCGAAAGAAAAAUUCGAUAUAUACCACGUUGACAUCAACAGUCCAAACAGUACAAGGACAAGCAAGAAAUCUGCAGAUUUCUACAAGAGGGUAUAUCCACACGAUGCGCAGCAGACAAAAGUAUAGCGUAAAUAUUUCCUAGUCUUAUCUUUAUAAUACAUUAUUGUGUUAUUAUGCAUAGAUAUGUAGUUGAAUACUUGCUUUUCUAUACUUACAUUUGCAGUACAUGGUUAGACUAUGUUUUGUUUCCUUACCUGAAACAAGAGGAAAGCAAUACAAUAAAUUAUUCAAG